GGGUCGCGGGUAGGUUCAGACCAUGUAGCCCGCUGGCUAGUAUUAGCAAACACUUCAGUAUAAACUACACUAUUAUAGAGGCUGUUUAUGGCGGAGACACGGACUAAGAAACUGAAUAAAUUCUAGAGUUACAUAGGAAUAGGAAAAAGUAUAUCUGUGAAGCUAACUGAAGGACAUGAGACGGUUUUAAUUAAUUCCGUCAGUUCAAACCGGUCAGUUAGCUAACGCUAACUAAGCUAAGAUAGUUAGCUUAGCAUUUACCUCAGCUUAGCUUGUGAAUAUGGCAGCUGUCUUGAAGCCACAGCUCAGUCAGGGACUGAGAGCACACAUCCAGAAACUAAUAUGGACCAAAGGAUGUGUCAGGCAUGCUUCAUUGGCGAGGAUAGAGAAAGUCCUCAUUGCAAACAGAGGAGAAAUAGCCUGCAGAGUGAUGCGGACAGCAAAAAAGAUGGGUGUCCGUUCUGUGGCUGUGUACAGUGAUGCUGACAGACACUCUAUGCAUGUGGCCAUGGCGGAUGAAGCAUAUCACAUUGGAGCAGCACCGUCACAACAGAGUUAUUUGUGUAUGGAGAAAGUUCUUGAAGUUGCCAAGAAGUCCUCUGCACAGGCUGUCCAUCCUGGAUAUGGUUUCCUUUCUGAGAACACAGAAUUUGCGGAAUUGUGCAAGCAGGAAGGCAUCAUCUUCAUCGGUCCACCUUCAUCAGCUAUUCGUGACAUGGGGAUCAAGAGCACAUCCAAACACAUUAUGUCUGCUGCUGGUGUGCCGAUCAUCGAGGGGUACCAUGGAGAGGACCAAUCGGACAAGAAGCUUCAGGCUGAGGCUGCCAGGAUUGGCUACCCGGUUAUGAUCAAAGCUGUACGAGGUGGAGGUGGAAAAGGAAUGCGUAUCGCACACUCAGAAGCAGAGUUCCACGAACAGCUGGAGUCAGCACGAAGAGAAGCUCGCAAAUCAUUCAAUGAUGAUGUCAUGCUGGUGGAGAAAUUUGUGGAGAAUCCUAGGCAUGUGGAGGUGCAGGUGUUUGGAGAUCAGCAUGGCAAUGCUGUGUAUCUGUUUGAGAGGGACUGCAGUGUUCAGAGAAGGCAUCAGAAGAUCAUUGAGGAGGCACCAGGGCCUGGAAUUAGUCCUGAGGUGAGGCGUAAACUGGGAGAAGCAGCAGUCCGAGCAGCUAAAGCGGUGAACUACGUAGGAGCAGGCACUGUGGAGUUCAUCAUGGACUCUCAGCACAAUUUCUACUUCAUGGAAAUGAACACUCGCCUGCAGGUGGAGCACCCGGUCUCUGAGAUGAUCACAGGCACAGAUCUGGUAGAGUGGCAGCUCAGGGUGGCAGCUGGGGAGAAAAUUCCUCUCUCUCAGGAGGACAUUGUGCUCCGAGGUCACUCGUUUGAAGCUCGAAUCUAUGCUGAAGACCCCAAUAACGACUUCAUGCCUGGAGCAGGGCACCUGCAGCACCUGUCCAAUCCACAGGCAGACGAACACACACGCAUUGAGACCGGGGUCAGAGAUGGAGAUGAGGUGUCCGCUCAUUAUGACCCUAUGAUUGCUAAGCUUGUUGUGUGGGGGGAGGAUCGUCCCGCAGCUCUAAAGAAACUUCGCUACUGCUUACGGCAGUACAAUAUUGUGGGUCUGAACACUAAUAUAGAUUUCCUGCUGAACCUGUCUGGGCAUCCUGAGUUUGAGGCGGGAAAUGUGCACACCAGCUUCAUACCGCAGCAUCACGAUCAACUUUUCCCAGCUGCAGUGCCCCCUACAGGAGAGGAGGCCUGCCAAGCAGCUUUGGGCCUAUUGCUCCGCGAGACAAAACACACACAGAAUUUUGUGUGUCAGUCAGAAGACCUCUACUCCCCUUUCGGCACGGGUAACGGGAGUCGGAUAAACGUGCUGCACUGCAGGAACCUGACGCUGCAGCUGGGGGAAAACAAAGUGGCUGUAGCAGUUACGUACAACACUGACGGGACAUAUAGCAUGGAGAUUGGAGGCCAGGUGUUCCAUGUCUCAGGCGAGUUGCAGAAAGAGGGCGGAGCUACAUACCUGCGCUGCUGGGUGAAUGGAGUUUUGAGUCGGCCGAAGUUGGUCAUCGUGGACAACACAGUCCACCUCUUCUCCAUGGAGGGCAGUGCCCAGGUAACUGUGCCUUUGCCCAAGUUCCUGGCUGGUGUUGGCACUACUGGGGCACAGGGUGGAGCUGUGGCACCCAUGAGUGGCACCAUUGAAAAGAUCUUUGUGAAGGCGGGAGACACUGUCCAGAAAGGAGAUCCUCUUGUGGUGAUGAUCGCCAUGAAAAUGGAGCACACCAUCCGUGCUCCCAAAGCUGGAGUUAUUAAGAAGGUCCUCUUCAGGGAGGGGUCACAGGCCAGCCGGCACGCACCGCUGGUGGAGUUUGAGGAGGUGGCUGAAGAGGCAAAGUCAGAGUCCUGAGAGGGCAGGAGAAGCUGAAGAGGUUUUUAGGAAGAUAAAAAAAUAAUCCAGCACAGUUUGGUGGUGAUUUAUUAUUUUUUUUUGGUCUGCUUUAAUACACCUGUUAACCCUGUUAACCAGCACUGAACGAAAUUGACAGAAUUGUGGUAGUAUUGCUGCAUAUUGCAGCCUGGUUGUGAUGUGAAUUUCAGUGUAGUGCUCAGGCUGAAUUAUUAGAACUGCAAUGUUCCAAUCAAUAUUGGGAUAACUAAUUAUAUUAUCAACAAAUGCAGUAUCAUUAUAGCCCUACUGCUAGCAUAAUGAGGCAUGUUAGGAAAACACACAAAAAACACCAAAUUUACAUCUGAUGACUGAUAAUCCCUGGAGUAAAGGUAAAUUUCACCUGUAGUUACUGUUAGUGAGUAAACUCUUGAGCACAUGUUGGAUGAGUUUGGUUCAUUACUCUAAAAUUCUGGUUAAUGUGCAGUGCUCUCAAGUUUGUUGGAUGCUUUAAAAUCUAGAGAAUCUGCUUUAUAAGAUGCUGUUGGGUUUUUGUUCCAGCUACUUUGUGGUUCAUGUUUUCUGUAAACUCUUGUAUUGUCUGUGUGGUUUUCUUUCUGAUUUGUAUGUGGUGCUUCCUGGUCAGGGUCAUGUAAUGCAUUACUCUUUCUUCCAGUUUGACAUUUGUCUUGUGCCUUUUUAAAUUACUAUGCCAUUCUCCAGUGGACAAAAAAAAGUUCUUGGUUGGUUGGAAUACAGUAUAUUUAAUAGUUGUUGGUAAAACUUAAAAAAUAAAACUUCCAUUAGUAGGCCAUUUAGAUGUAAUGUGAGUUUAAAGGAGCAGUGUACCCAAAAAUGAAAUUUGCCUAGCCAACCAGUCAAAUUUUUUUUUUGCUUUAUUGGCGUAAAUCUAAAAUAAUACAAAUGUCUCACCAAAAAUUUGGGACUUGGUUAACUGCUCCUUUAAGCCUUUAAAAAUAAUUACUCUUCACUAAUUUUAGAACUAAUUUAUUGUCCACUCCAGAAUUGUUAACUUGAGUCUUUUCAGUUCUAUAUAAAAAAUAAAAAAAAACCUACUUAAGUCCACUCAUCAUCAAGGUCCUUUCACGGUUUUCCUCUUAACAUGUUCCAGGUUCUUUCCUAGGUAUCCGUUAAAGCAGUUGAUUUGUUCUGUUGAUUUUUUUUUUAAGUUCUCUUCAUGAUUAAAGUAUUAAGAUAUAAACUAAA